CCGAACGUACACUGGCGAUUUGACAUGACAUUUCAUCGCUUUUGUUUCUUUUGUCGACGACAAACUCGCAGUUACACAUUUUAUCGUUACUUACGUGUUAAUAUUGGUUUGUAAUUAAGUAAUUCGGUAUAUUCGGCAAUGGCUGCCAGCGGGCCGGGCCCGCCGGGGGACGGGGUGGUGCGGAGCAGCGCGCUGAGCUUCCUUGCGCAAGCGCAGGGUCGGAGCACGGGCGAGUCCUCCUACAGCCAGGAGGCUGAACAGGCUGCUGCUCAAGCUGAUAGACUGGUCCCAGCCGGACUUAAAGCACUAUGUGAUGCAUGCUCGGACCUGUACCCUGACCAGCCUAAUCCACUACAGGUCACCACACGCUUAAAAUAUUGGCUAGGUGGUGAGGACCCGUUGGACUACAUCAGCAUGUACUGGCACCCUGGCGUACCUGAGGAGCAAGUGCCACCACAUUGGCACUAUGUCAGCUUUGGCCUCUCAGAUCUGCACGGAGACGGACGUGUCCACCCUGUCCCCGGGUCAGAUCGCUCACAGCCGUCCGGCUACGGACUGGAGCUGACCUUCCGUCUUGCCUUGCCGGCCGCUGGUGGUCCACCGCUGUGGCCAGCUGCGCUGCUGCAGGCGCUGGCUAGAUACAUCUUCAGCACAGGGAACAAGUUCGUAGCCGGCGACCACGUGUCAUGGCACGCGCCGCUGGACGCGAGCACGUCGCGCGUGCGCCAUCUAUUGGUCGCCGAUGACGCCCGACUUCGCCCUACUGACACGCCUCACGGACGAGUCAACUUUUUACAGCUGGUAGGCUGCACGGGGCGCGAGCUGCGCGCGGCACAGCGGAGCUCCGGCUUCGAGGUGCUCAAACUGCUGCAAGAGGACCCCAGUUGUGGCGGCAGCUGGCUGGUGACGCACGUGUCCCGGCGCGCGUCGGCGCGGAGCGUGCGCGCGGCGCGCGGGGCCGGGGGGGGGGGGGGGGGGGGGGGCGCGGCGCACCUGGCGGGGGUGUCGGCGAGGGUCGCGGCGCUGCCCUGGACUCCGAGCAAAGAGCAAGAAACGGGCUCUCUGUCCCCUCGCGUGGAGCAACAAAUCAAAGACACACUCAAAAGAGGCCUCAGCUCCAUGUCAGACCGACCCACUGAAGUAUCGGGACACAUGUCGACGGACAGUUUCGAGAUGUCGAGCAUCGAGAAGGCGCUGCCCGAGAUACCGGAACUCAUGCAGGGGUCGUGGCGCGGCGAGGACCGCGUGGAGUUCCUGGAGGGAGUGCAUCUCAUCAUGAACCCCGAAGCGGCUAGCCUUCUGCCGCUCGCCAUAGACGGCCGCGUCCUCCACGACCGCCAUUUUACAUGGCGCGACGGCGCACGCGCAGUCACCGUGCUGUCGCCGCGCGUCACCGGCGCACUCGUCAGCAACAACAAGCCCUACGGCUCCAAGGGCGACUGGCUGCAGAUUCUGCUGCCAACAGAGCUCGCGAAACUCGUAUCUGCCUCAGUAGCCCCGCUGUCGCGGCUCGCCGACGACUCGGAGUCGGACGAAGACGACGCGCCGCCGGCGCCAUCGUUGCCUCUCACUCUCGCCUGGCCCGAACACGGACUGAAGAUAUCCGUGCUGUACGAUCAGCAGUUAUUAUAGCAGAUAUAUUAUUUAUUAGUGAAAGAUAACCUGAUUUCAUUGACCGCGAGCCAGGAACAGAUUUCCAUGACCAAUCGCUUCCCGGGCGAUAAGUCGUAUAUUCGUAGACGUCAGCUGUUGCUUCGUUGGUGGGUUGAAGAAUGGCAGCCACAGGUUAAAAAAAUAAAAAUCAUCCCCUCCCGUUUUAUACUUGGGCAGAUGAUAGUUUUGAUGCUAUUGUGAGUUAAAAAAAUCGUCAGCCGGAUGUAUCGUGGUGGAAAGAACGUCAGCUGGUCGCAUCAACAUGUCAAAAAUAAGCGCUUUACCUUUUUAUGAUGAGAACAAAAAAUGUUAAAUGAUGAAACUUUGCAUGUAGCAUUCCAUCAGGCGUUCUUAAUUAACGGAUUACGCUUACACAUAAUUUGUGGAAUUUAGUAGUAAAGCGCGUAUUUUUUACAUGUUCAUGUGAUUAGCUGACGGUCUAUCCAGCGCAUAACCGGCUGACGGUUCUUUUAAUUUAAAAUAGCAUCUAAAGCUAUCAUCUGACAAAGUCUCAGCUGGGAGGUGAUGACUGACGAUAUAUGCUCCUGGCCCGCGGCCUAUCAAAGGCAAUAGAUUUUAAGUACCCACCCCACCAGGGGUCAAUAAACUUUAACCUUUUGAGCGCUUUCUCUCGCAUCAAAAUGUGGCAUACACGUACAUGUCAACUAGUGAGAAACGAAUUCAAAACUUAUCUGUCAACAAUAAAAUUGCUUUGACAGCGUCUGCCAUGACCCCUUUAGUGGUCGUUGGCGAGGUAGGCACGACAGCACACGACCACUUUAGUGGCUCUUGGCGUUCAAAAGGUUAAGGGUCAACCAUGAUAGAAAUCACCAUCAUGGCAUAUGUUAAUCUUUAUUUUUGGACUAGCUUCUUCCCGCGACAUCUUUUGCGUGGGAUGAUGCGUCCUUCGUCAAACUCCUUUAUCGCUAUACCACCUUACUGGCCCAGUUUCAUUGGUCGAUAGGGCCCGCGUGCGGGGUGCGGGAGAUUUCCAUAAAGCAUGCCAUAGGGCCCACUCGGGGAACUGUUUUCAUUGGUCGAUAGGGCACGUAUGCGGGGUGUUUUCAAAACAUAGCCAUUAUGAGUUUCACUAGUCGUUAUACCACCUUACCGCCUGCGGGGAGUCACCCGCAUGCUGUAUAUCGAAUUAUCGACUUAUGAGUUUCACAAGUUGAUAUACCGCCUGCGGGGAGACCCCGCACGCUUUAUAUCGACCAAUGAAACCGAGCCAUUAUGGAAUUAUCCCCCACCCCGCACGCGGGCCUUAUCGACCAAUGAAACUGAGCCAUUAGGAUCAUCAAAAAAAUAAAGAUUAUCAAAGACAGACUGAAAAGCUCUUUAUUUUUUAAGAGGAGAUUAGCCAAGAUGACGUUUGUUCGAAGAUAAACAAAAUAAAAACCCUAUCUGUCUCCAACACGCUAAUAUGAAACAGUGAUAGAGACAAUAGCCCAGGUUUCACUAUCGGGUAAAAGGUUAAAUUUUUAAACCAUUGCAAUCAAAGGUAAUAAGUAUAGAGUUGAUCCUAUCAUCUAUGAUUGCAAUUAAUAGCCAUGAUCAAGAUUUACAAACUUGUUACUAUGUUUAGGUUAGAUAUUUUAAGACUCUUUCAUUGUAAAAAAAACUAUACAUAUACAACUAAUGUACUUAUUGUUAGCUAUAAUAAAAUGUAUAUGUACUGUACUAGGUAUAUGAUACUAACAAUUGUGAAUUUAUAAAUAAAGACUGUAAUUUUUGUAAA